AUGGAAACAAUAUUCUUGAAACCCAUCUUCUUCUGCAUUUCCCUUUGUCUUCCUGUCAGAAAUGAAGUCCGCAAACAAAAAGGGGCAGUGGCAGAAGCCUUUGCAGAACAUGAAAAGGAAGAAGCUGCUGGGAAAUGGAGAGAGGCUCUGAAAGAAGCAGCGAAUCUCUCUGGAUGGGAGUUAAAGAAGACUGCUGAUGGGCAUGAAGCUAUAUUCAUCAAACAGAUAGUUGAAGAGCUUUCACUAGAUUUACGAUCCAUCAGAUUCAAUUUUGAUGAAAAAUUAGUUGGAAUGGAGUCCCGGAUCAAGGAAGUUGCAUCAUCUUUAGGAGAGGGAUUUGAUGAUGUUCGGAUGAUUGGAAUCAAGGGGAUUGGAGGUGGUGGGAAGACAACUUUGGCCAGAGCUAUUUUUGAUCAAAUAGCUAUUCAAUUCGAAGGUAAAAGCUUCAUUGAGAAUGUCAGAGAAGUUUCAAAUGCUUCUUUGUUUGGUUUAAAGACAUUGCAAAAUCAAGUCCUUUCAGAUGUCUUAAAUGAUAAAGAUUUUAGAGUUAGUAGUGUUUAUGAUGGGAAACACAUGGUGAAGAGAAUGCUGCGUGAUAAAAAAGUUCUUGUUGUUCUAGAUGAUGUUGAUCAUAUAGACCAGCUUGAGGCGCUAGCCAGUGAGCCUAAUUGGUUUAAGCCGGGAAGUAGGAUUAUCAUUACAACAAGAGAUGAACAAGUGUUGGUAGCACACCGAGUGAAGUUCAUUCAUGAUGUCAAUCUUUUAUCAGAUAAGGAAGCAAGUUUCCUCUUCAAUGGGUAUGCAUUUGGGGGAGAGAUUCCAAUUCAAGGGUAUGAAGAUCUAUCAAGACAAGUUGUACGUUAUGCAGCUGGUCUUCCCUUAACAAUCAAAGUUCUGGGUUCGUUUCUUUGUGGUAAAAAUGAGCCUGAAUGGAUAGAUGCUUUAGACAGACUAAAAACGAUUCCAUUAGCAGAAACUCUGAAAAAGUUAGAAUUAAGCUAUAUCGGUCUAGAGGAGGAUCACAAGGAAAUAUUCCUAGAUGUUGCAUGCAUGUUUAAAGGUUGGCAGAAAGACUUAGCAAUAGCAACUCUUGAAAUAUGUGGAUUUCAUGCUAGAACUGCUUUAAAAGUUCUUGAGCAAAAAUCUCUCAUAACUACCUAUGAUAAUUCUGAUUCUCAUAAGUGUCUGGGCAUGCACGACCAUAUUGAAGAAAUGGGCAAGAAUAUUGUUCGUUGUGCACACCCGGAUAAGCCACAAAAACAUAGUCGAUUGUGGGUUCGUGAUGAAAUUGAAGAUAUUUUUGCUAAUGACUUGGGUACUAAAGCAAUAAAAUGUAUACGGUUCUACACCAAUAAACUCAAUCCGUAUACUGUUGUAAAAGGUCUUGGAAAGAUGAAGGAACUUAGAUUUCUCUCUGUGGUUUUCGGUGGUCAUUUCUGUAAUACAGAAUCUGAUAUAGUCAGCCCAGAUUUUCCAAAUGCUUUAAGAUAUCUGGAUUUUAAUCAGUACCCUUUUAGGUCUUUACCCAAAACAUUUCUGGCAAAUAAUCUUGUUGCACUUAAGAUGGCUCACAGCAAAAUUGUACAACUUUGGGAAGGAGGAGAAAGAAAGGUUUUUAGGAAACUCAGAUUCCUUGACCUCAGUUGUUCGAUGCUUAGUAUCCUUGACCUCGGGCUUACUCCAAAUCUUGAGACCUUGAAUCUUCGACGAUGUACUGAUUUGGUAGAACUUCACAUGCACAUUGGAUGUUUAAAGCUCAUAUCGGUCGACCUCACUCAUUCAAGGUUGAGGACCCUUGACCUUGGUCUGGUAACGAAUCUUGAGAUUUUAAUUCUUGCUGGAUGCCAUAAUUUGGUAGAACUUCACAUGCCCCGUAGAUGUAUAAAUCUAAUAUCCCUACAACUCAGUAAUUCAAAGUUGAGGACUCUUAACAUUGGGUUGACUCCAAAUGUCGAGUCUUUAGAUCUUAAUAAUUGUUACUGUUUAGAAGAAUUUUACAUGGCCGGUGAAUGUCAAAAGCUCACCAAACUCGACAUUAGUCAUUCAAAGUUGAGGACCCUUGACAUCGGGCUGACUCCAAAUCUUGAGUAUCUAAAUCUUGAAAAUUGUUACUAUUUAGAAGAAAUUCACAUGGCUGGUGAAUGUCCAAAGCUUACCAACCUCAACAUAAGCCAUUCAAAGUUGAGGACCCUUGACCUUGGUCUGACUCCAAAGCUAGAGACGCUAGAUCUUAAAGAAUGUUAUAAUCUGGUAGAAGUUCACACUUCUAUUGGAUGUCUAAAAAAACUUGUCCACUUAGACUUAAAUGGCUGUUUGAGGUUUAAAUCUUUUGUGUUUAACAUAAAGAUUUAUACUUCUUGUGCUCUGGAUGAAUCACUUGAGGUUGGUCCUUUAGCUGACUUACAUCUGAUUGCAGAGUCCCUAAAAAAAUGCCCAUUUCACCCCAACAGUAAUCUGCCCAAGUUCCGGUUUAGUUGUUUAUAUAAACAAGACCGACAUUCGUUGACUAGGAAUGCUGAGAUGCUUAUUUCUAUAGGUAUGUGUGUUUGCACAAACCUUGAGACGUUUUCAGAUUGUAUUUGUGGGUUACAACGUUUAAGGAAGCUUAAAGUGGAAGGCAAAUUUCUAGAGGUACCCAAGGACCUUGACCAGUUAGAAUGUCUACAGGAACUAACUUUUAGGUCUACAAAGGCUACCCAUCUUCUGGAUAGUAUUUGUAUGUUGAAACAUCUUAAGUCUCUUGAACUUAUGUAUUGUUGGUUGCUUGAGAAGUUACCAGAGGAUCUUGGGCGAUUAGAAUGUUUAGAAAAGCUAGAAUCAUCAUAUACCAAGAUUAAAUAUCUUCCGGAGAGCAUAUGUAUGUUGAAACGUUUGAAAUCUCUCAAACUUAAUUCUUGUUGGUGGCUUGAGAAGUUACCUGAGGAUCUUGGCCUCUUAGAAUGUUUAGAGGAGCUAGAUUUGUCAUUUACAAAGAUUAAACAUCUUCCGGAUGGCAUUUGUAUGUUGAAACAUCUGAAAUAUCUUAAACUUUAUGAUUGUUCACCGCUUGAGAAGUUGCCACAUAAUUUUGGCCAGUUAGAAUGUUUAGAGAACCUAACCCUAAGUAAAUGUAAAUGUAUACAAGAUAUCCCAAAUAGCAUCCUUAAGAUAAAAUGUCUUAAACAUAUCCAUCUCCGGCAUUGUAUUCGAGUUGAGAAAUUGCCUGAGGAACUUGGAAGUCAUCUGGUUUUAAAUCAGAGAUCCGGAAUCAAAAACAGGACACGUCAUGCUAUGUGGUGGUGGGAUGAUUUUGAGAAGCUCGAAAGACCUGUUAAAGCCAGUUCACAAAGAAUUAUUGUAACAGCCUUAUCCGAUUUGAAAAACUGGCCAGAUUUCACAGAUCCAACAGGAACAAUGAAGGACCACAUGUUUCUUCACUUGAGUCAUCUACCACCCAGAGGUUCUCAAGAAGAGACAUCCUUGUGUUUCUGGAACUGCUGCCAUCUUUGGCUCUUUGCUGGUGUUAAUGUUACAAAGGAGCCAAUUCCAGUUUUACCUACUGUCCAUUACAACAUGGGUGGAAUCCCAACUAAUUCCCAUGAGGAGGUAUAUCUUGAUAUGCAAAACCGUAAGGGAAGCUAA